AUCAAGAAGGAACCCAAGGCCAAGGAAGAAACAGACAGGGAGGAAAGAGAACUGCUAUAUAUCAAGAACAUAAUUUCUAUUGCUAUAUAUAGGUAUCUAACAAAACUUAAGAAUCGAUUAUCAGAGGAUUCGGUUGCAAGAGCAUCCAAGGAUAGCAGCAAAACUGGAACCAUUGCAAUCAUACAAGGCAAAUCAAUGGAUCAAAUCAAAUAA